AUGACCAAUCAGCGCAACGGUGACGAUUCCCUUAACGACGCUGCUCGUGACAGGGAGGCUCCUUGGAGAGCCGAAUUCCAAGAGCUCCAGCAGAUCCAGCAAACGAUGCAACAGGAGAUGCAACAGGAGAUACGACAGGAGAUGCGCCAGAUGCGGGAGAUGAUAGAGCGCAUGCACAUAGGUCCUAAUCGUAAUCACAGGGACAAUGAUGCCCAUGAUGACGAUGGGAUCCGAGUAAGGCCUAUUCCUCAUCAACCACUUGCACCCAUAAACCGACCACCGGCCUAUGACGAUCCUAGUGACGAUGAAGACUUUGCUGAAGGAGUAUUCGGACGGGACAUUGAGGUAGAUCGAAGGGGCGAAUUACAUAGAGGAGUCGGUCGUGGUGGCACAGGCUUCAGAGGUUAUGAGCGUGGUAGAGCUGGCCAUAUGGGGAAUGUCUAUGACGGCGCUGGCUACCGGGAUGCAUAUGGAGGGCAACCCAGGCGUCAGGAUCUUGCUAGGGAGGAAUCCCACGAAUACCGAAUGAAGAUUGAUCUCCCAUCAUUCAGCGGGCAUCUUCAAAUCGAAGAUUUCUUAGAUUGGGUGAUGGAAGUAGAGAGGUUCUUUGAUUAUAUGAGUAUUCGCGAGGAUCGCAAGGUGAAGUUAGUGGCAUACAAGUUCAAGGGAGGAGCUUCUGCUUGGUGGGAAAAAUUACAGAUUUCCCGAGCCCGACAAGGGAAGGGACCUGUAACUUCAUGGUUGAAGAUGAAGCGGCUACUCAAAGCACGUUUUUUACCACCGGACUUUGAGCAACGGCUAUUCCAACAAUACCAAGAGUGUCGACAAGGAGGUCGGACCAUCCAGGCGCAUGUUGAUGAUUUCUAUCGCCUAUCUGCUCGGAAUGAUCUCAUGGAGACAGAGGAUCAACAAGUUGCAAGGUUUAUUGGUGGACUACGUGUGGCAAUACAAGAUAAGGUUUCUAUGCAUCCUGUCUUUACUUUGAAUGAGGCAGUUAGUUUGGCAACCCGAGCAGAGAAGCAACUGGAGAGGCCUAAAGCAACAACCUGGGAGCGAAACCCGAGCGAUUCGACGAGACCAACGCAGGGUCGGGGAAAACAACCUCUAGUCCCGACUAUCACACCAAGUCAACCAGUGACUUCCACGGGAAAAGGAGCCAGUAGCAGUUCAAGCACCUCGAGACAACCAGCCAACAAUCCAUACGCACGGCCCAAUCUAGACAAAUGUUUCAAAUGCAACCAACCGGGACAUAGGUCGCAUCAAUGUCCCCGAAGGCAGAUGGUAAACUUGAUCGAACCUGAGCCAGAGGGAGGGUCCGAGAAUGAAGAUAUUGAUACACCCGAGUAUGAAGAAGAGGAGUUGGCUGACGCUGAUGAGGGAAUCCCACUUUCCCGAUCCUUAGUAAUUCAACGUUUACUCUUGACACCGAGGCAAGAGGAUCAAUCUCAAAGGCACAAGAUUUUUCGUACUCGCUGUACAGUCAACCAAAGAGUAUGUGAUGUGAUUAUUGAUAGUGGUAGCGGGGAGAACGUAGUGUCGAAGGAGAUGGUUUCAAAGUUGGGUUUGAAAACUGAGAAGCACCCAACUCCAUAUAAGAUCGGAUGGAUCAAGCGGGGAACCGAGACACUAGUAACCGAGAGAUGUCGUAUCACAUUUUCGAUCGGUAAGCAUUACUCGGAUUCUAUUUUGUGUGAUGUUGUCGAGAUGGAUGCAUGCCACUUAAUCCUGGGAAGACCGUGGCAGUUUGACGAAGUCAAAAAUUCUACUUAUUCUAAGGGAAAGCCGAUCCUCCUAUCCACUGGAUCAGAAUUUAUAGAAGAAGUUAAGGAGGCCCGAGACAUCAUAGCAUUGGUGACCAAGGGAACCCCGGGCUCCGUCUCACAAGAAGUUCCUGAGAUAAUGCGAUCGAUGUUAGAAGAAUUCCAAGACAUCAUGCCUGAAGAGAUGCCCGAAGGACUGCCGCCCAUGAGAGAUAUCCAGCACUAUAUUGACUUAGUGCCGGGAGCAAGUCUCCCGAACUUGCCACAUUAUCGAAUGAACCCAAAGGAGAAUGCUAUUUUGCAAGAGCAGGUAGAGGGGUUAAUUAGGAAGGGACACUUGCGAGAGAGUAUGAGUCCAUGCGCAGUACCGGCCCUACUUGUACCGAAGAAAGAUGGGAGUUGGCGAAUGUGCGUGGAUAGCCGGGCAAUAAACAAGAUCACGGUCAAGUAUCGGUUUCCAAUUCCCCGAAUAGGUGACAUGUUUGAUAUGCUAUCUGGGGCUAAGAUUUUUUCGAAGAUUGACUUGAGGAGUGGAUAUCACCAAAUCCGUAUACGACCAGGAGAUGAAUGGAAAACUGCGUUCAAGACUAAAGAGGGGCUUUAUGAGUGGAUGGUGAUGCCUUUCGGCCUUUCGAAUGCACCAAGCACUUUCAUGCGACUCAUGAAUCAGGUACUGAAACCUUUUAUAGGAAAAUUUGUCGUUGUCUAUUUCGAUGAUAUUCUUAUCUAUAGUCGCAACCCGGUGGAUCACAUGGAUCACGUGAGGAAAGUGUUGGAGGUUCUCCGUGAAAAUAAGUUGUUUAUCAACUUAAAGAAGUGUAGUUUCAUGAUGGAUCAGUUACUCUUCCUCGGAUUUGUAGUUGGUACCGAUGGAAUCCGAGUGGAUGAAGAGAAGGUGAGAGCAAUCCGAGAAUGGCCCACACCCAAGUCAGUGGGAGAAGUAAGAAGUUUCCAUGGGUUAGCAACUUUCUAUAGAAGGUUCGUUCGGAAUUUCAGCAGUAUUGUAGCACCGAUCACCGAGUGUAUGAAGAAAGGAAAAUUCAAUUGGAGUGAAGAAGCUGAGCGAAGUUUCUCAAUCAUCAAAGAAAAGCUAUGCACAGCACCUGUACUUGCUUUACCUGACUUUGACAAGCUGUUUGAAGUUGAAUGUGAUGCAUCAAUCAUCGGGAUAGGAGCUGUGUUAUCUCAAGAAGGGAAGCCCGUAGAAUUUUUUAGUGAGAAGCUCGGAGAAGCAAGACAGAAGUGGUCAACAUAUGAGUUGGAGCUUUAUGCUGUCUUGAGAGCCCUCAAGGUGUGGGAGCACUACCUGAUCCAACGAGAGUUUGUCCUCUAUACCGACCAUCAAGCAUUAAAGUUCAUCAAUAGUCAAAAGAAUUUGAAUCGGAUGCAUGCUCGGUGGGUUUCUUACAUCCAACGGUUCACUUUUUCUCUCAAGCAUAAGUCGGGAAAACUAAAUUGUGUAGCUGACGCUUUAAGCCGCCGAGCUACCCUGCUGAUCACCAUGAAAGCUGAAGUGACUGGAUUCGACUGCCUAAAGGAGUUAUAUGAGGAAGAUGAAGAUUUUGGUAAAACCUGGAAGCAUUGCAAGGCGGGGCAACCAAUUUCUGAGAUACAUAUUCAGGAGGGGUAUUUAUUUCGUGGGAAUCGGCUAUGCAUUCCGAGGAGUUCCUUACGAGAACAAAUAAUCCGAGAAUUACAUGCUGGAGGUUUGGGUGGUCAUCUGGGAAGAGACAAGACUAUUGCUCUGGUAGAGGAACGAGAGGAAACCAUGACAGAAACCGUUGUGACCCUUGUCAUCAAUGAGCUAGUUCAGUUGAUCACUCAUGAAUCAAAAUUGCUAAGGGGUGUACACCGAGAUGUUGUGGACAUUAAAGAUGAACUUGAGAGCAUCCAGUGUUUCCUCAAAGAUGCAGAUAGAAGGGACCUCCAAGAUGGCGUCAAAACAUGGGUGAAACAAGUGAGAGAAGUAGCCUAUCAUAUAGAAGAUGUAAUUGAUGAAUACGUUCUUCACGUGGCACAACAUCGUCCUCAGCAAAGUUUUAUUGCUUUCCUCCAUAAAAUUGGCCACUUAUUCAAAAAAUUAAAACCACGUCAUGACAUAGCUACAAAGAUUCAAGAUAUCAAAAUAUCAAUCCGUGAAAUCAAGAAAAGAAGUGAAAGAUAUGGUUUUAGUUCCUUAGAGCAAGGAUCAAGUAGUGGUGAAUCUAGUGUUACAUGGCAUGACCCUAGCCUAGAGUGGGUGCACUUUUCAUUGGGGAAGAUGAAGUUGUGGGCAUUGAGUCUACAAGGGAUGAGCUCGUAA